UUGUAACCAUACCUAGGGUGUGUUUGCAAAUAGCUACCUACCUAACAUUUCAAGGUCUAUUUGAAGCUCCAUUUGAAGCUUUGCUUGCCAUCACAAUGGCCCCGACAACAGUGCCUCGUGUGCGCCGGACUGCGCAAAAUACUCAAUACACGUAUACCCUACCUCGUCGUAUCCAUGCUGUUCAGACAUACCCUGUUCUCUCGCCGCAGGGUGCGACUAUCUUAAUAUACGGCCAUGAGAGUGGCAUCACAAUCGUUUGGCGCGGGGGACGUCGAUUUAAGCCCGAAGUAUCUAAAGAAGCCGAGCGUGGCCCUACAUCUAAGCAGAAUGGCAACCCCCCUGCAGAUGCUGUUAUGAUUGUCGAUUCCGACGAUGAAGAUACCUCACCCUCUGGGAAGGGAGGGUCGUUUGUUGAUACGCCACAAUUCGAAGACUCCCUCGACGAGGACGCACCAUACCCCGAAAUCGUUCAAACCCUUGACCUUGAGUUCGGCACUGCUGUCUUCCACCUUGCAGCAUUACCUUUAACGCCUUGCACGGCAGAAGAUGCUUCAUGGGGAGGCGCGGAUAUACUAAAGGAUAGGAUGGUAUUUUCUGCUUCAUGUGCUAGUCGCGAAGUCUUCCUGAUUACCUUACCUCUUGUUCCUCCAUCUCCUCUGAGCAAAGCUCGAGCCGAGUUACAAGAAACUCUCCUAGCCGGAAAAGCUGGCAAUGGCAAAUGGGGUGAGACUAUGACCUUGCUAGCUGGUCAAGUAAAAGGCAGCGAUGCCUUAGCAAUGACCCUUAUUAGACCGAAGACCGUAUUGGAACGCAAUAAGUCGAAUGAGCGAUCACGAUCAGAAUCUAGUGCAUUGCCUCGCGUUGUAGUAGCCGCUCACUCGCCCGAGGCAUCUGGCGCCUUACGUCUAUGGGACGUGCCCCUAGAGGAAACAUCCAAAACAGGUGGACGGAUCGAGCCAUUCCAAACUGAAUUCCUACCCAAACCCCUCACUUCCAUCUCAUUUAACCCUACCCACUCAACCCAGCUUUUAUGUAAUGCAUCCCCUGAAGCGGUUAGAAUAUACGACUACGCACUUGCAUCGAUGCCUCCCGACGAUCUAUCUGAGGGACCAUUUCCUUCGCAAGGCUCUUGGCUCAUUUCGUUCUAUCCACCUUUUGCCCGACCUUCUUCUUCGCGGAAACCGAUACUGGCCGCUUCUUGGAUAGCUCACGGUCGUGCUAUUCUUGUCCUCCUUGCGGAUGGACAAUGGGGUAUUUGGGAUAUUGACGGCGUCUCCCCGCAGGGACCUGCCCUGUUCGGCAAGCCUGGGUCUGGUAUCCGUGGUGACGCAUUAACAGAAUUCAACAUCUCAGGAUAUGUCGAAGGAACAAGCCCUCUACGAAAUCCCGCCUCUCAGAGGAGCUCGAACGGCGGUCCUGACUUCGUCCCCAUGACACCGCACUCCAGACGUGACGCUCUUGCAACUUCCCACGGUCCUGAACGUUUCGCACCAGUUAGAGGAGGCAUCGUGGUGACCCCGCUACCAGCUAGUCCAACUACAACAGCUGACGAGAGCGUUGUCUUGUGGAUCGGUGGUGCUGAGCACGUUUUUGUCAUACCCGGCGUUCUUAAGUUCUGGGAUGCCCAGAUACGUAAGGGUGCUGGCGGUGGCGUCAAUCUCUUCAGCGGAGCACAGCCAACUCGUAUGGUGCGACUAAACGAUUUAAGCGUUGGGCUGAUGGGCGAACGUUGUACUGGUGUCGGAGCCAUCGUUCGCUUUGUUGAAAAUGGCAGCGCAAGCCUAUCUGGAAACGAAGGUUUGCCCGUUGAAUUGUUAGUGUGUGGCGAGACAAGGCUUGUGAUUGUUAGGGAGAGCGAGACGGUUGUCGGCACUAAGAUCGGCGGAGUCAUCGGUCGCCGGAAGAGAUCAAGCGAUCAUGCAAAAGAGAACAGCGCCAUCGUCGUCUAUCCUCGACCGCAACAGCCGGGUAGCGUCGCUUACAACCUCUCGGUUGGCCCCAGAAGGAAGCUCUCGAGAUCUAGUGCGGACGGUCUCUUUGGUGAAACGCCUUCAAACGAUACUGUUAAUACGCAGGCCCAAACGGAGCAGCGGCCUCUACAACUACCAACAAGACCGAGAGGCGGGUUUGCUUUUGCAGACAGCCUCAAUGCUGCCGCUGACGUCGAGCAACAGGAACUGGACGAUGAACGAGACGUCGAGGUGGAAAUGCUGGAUAUAAUGGAGAUCGACCGCGAAUUGGAUGCUCUCGAUAACGGAAGAGGCCGUGGCCGUAAGAAGGUUAUAUUCGACUCAUAGGCUUAAGCGUUUUAUAUCAACUAAUGCGUCCUAUAUUGGUACUACUGAAAAGGGGUUUGGAGUAUGAUGAUAUCCUAAGAAAUCUCCGUGUUAACUGUCCCAUAUCCUACGGUUCCGGCCUGACUAUUAUUACCUAUCCUAUCUAUUUU